UCAUUUUUUAAUUAUUGCGCACGACCAUUUGCAAAUCUCCUGCAAUUAUGUGGACACAAUAGAGCCCGUCAAAGAGAUAAACUAGCUAGAUUAAUAAAAGAAUUUUCUUCUAUUCAUGAUGAGGCUGAACGUGUUGAUGCUUUUUUACAUCCUUUGACCAUUCAUCAUGACGUAGGUAAAACACAUUUAGCAUGUUUAGCUACUUGGAUAUUAUAUCACUGUUUUAGGGUCAUAGCUAUGUAUCUCCUGUCAGGAUUGGAACUCGAAUUAUAUAGUGUACAUGAAUAUCAUUACAUAUUCUGGUAUCUUUAUGAAUUUUUAUAUGGAUGGCUGGUGUCUGCUUUGAGUCGAGCUGACAAUUACUUGAGUGAACAAUUAUCAGCAGAAGCAUUACGAGCUGCCAAAGGUAGUCGCAAAAAGCCAAGAAAAGAAACUAGAUCUUAUGGAAGGGAAAUUAUAAUGUAUCAAGCUAUGCAAAAUAUGUGUGGAGGAUAUUAUAAGGCGUUAUUAGGGCUGCAAGUCGAAGGUCGAUUGCCUACACCUAAAUCUCCGUUCGAUAGUGAACGAGUUCGUUACGAGCACCGUAUGGCUCCUUUGGCCCUGCUCGGAACACCACCACCUGUGCACUACGCAGAAUUUCGUGAGAUGAGAUCACAGCAACUGGCUGCAGCAGCUGCUAGAAGAUCAUUUAACGCAGCUGCAAGCGGAAACGCUGCUUGCGAGGUAGCAGACCAAGCAUCUGAAUUGUAUGCAAGUGCGGUAAAACAUUUUCAUCAAGCCAGGUCACUUUUGGAAACGAUUACGACACCCGAUAAUGAGGUCACAGACAUACUAAAAGUUGCCAAAACGAAUUUCAUUGUAGUAAAACUGCUCGCAGAUGGUCACAAAAGGGACAAAAAUCCACCGGAAUUUGAUUUUUCGAUGCACCGCCAUUUACCAAUUAUAAAAUUAAUUUGA